AUGGCAUCCCAACUACUUCCACUGGAGCUGAUUGAUAAGUGUGUCGGCUCUCGGAUAUGGGUUGUCAUGAAGGGCGACAAGGAAUUCAGUGGCACCCUGAUGGGCUUCGACGACUAUGUCAAUAUGGUUCUUGAAGACGUAACAGAAUUCGAUUAUUCGGGCAACCACACAAAACUUCCUAAAAUUCUCUUGAACGGUAACAAUAUCUGCAUGUUGAUACCAGGUGGAGAGGGCCCUGUCGCUACAUGA